AUGGGGCGCGAGGACGGAAUCAUGUUGAACGUUCAACAUUCCUCGGUGGAGACCUCCUCCCUGAAGGCCCCCUCCCAGAGGGAAGGCACGGCGCAGGACAAACAAGACAUGUGGCGUGUCGGGCGAGACCAAGAACUGAAUAGGAACUUCAGGUUCCUUUCCGUACUUGGGUUUACAGCGGUGCUUAUGUGCACCUGGGAAGCAGUUCUCUUUGGUUCAUCUUAUGGAUUGACUAACGGUGGCAAAGGGGGUAUGAUAUAUACUUACCUAGGAGGCCUGGCAGGGUUCAGUUUCGUGAUCUUCUCAAUGGCUGAAAUGGCUUCCAUGGCCCCAUUGUCCGGUGGGCAGUAUCAUUGGGUGUCCGAGUUCGCACCCCCCAGUUCCCAGGCCCUAUUGAGUUACCUCACUGGAUGGAUUUGCGUAUUGGGUUGGCACACCGGUAUUGCAGGAUGCAGCUACACGGUGGCUAACAUGAUGGUUGGUGUGAUUGCCAUAAACUACCCUGACACGUAUACGUACGAGCGUUGGCAUGUCACACUGCUUGUCAUUGCGGUGGCCAUAGUAGCCUUGAUGUUUAACACAUUCCUGGCCCAGAAGCUUCCCUUGAUCGAAGGUAUUAUCUUGAUUGUGCACUGCUUCGGUUUCUUUGGGAUUUUGAUCCCACUUUGGGUGUUGUCCCCUAAGGUUCCUGCUUCUGAGGUAUUUGGCUCAAUCGAGAAUCGGGGUGGAUGGGAUAGCAAUGGACUGGCGUGUAUGGCGGGACUGGUUGGACCCAUCUAUGCCUUGAUUGGCCCCGACUCAGCGGUUCAUAUGGCGGAAGAAAUCCGAGAUGCAUCCCGGGUGCUCCCCAUGGGCAUGGUAUGGACACUAAUCCUCAACGGGUCCACCGGCUUGGUCAUGAUAAUCACAUUUGCAUUCUGUGUGGGCGACAUCGAUGAAGUGCUCAAGUCUGAAACAGGAUUCCCCUUCAUCCAGGUUUUCCUCAACGCCACGGGAUCAGUCAGCGCCACGACAGGCAUGACAGUAGUGAUCAUGAUCAUGCAGUUUUGUGCGGCAAUCAGUAAUGUCGCUACAACCUCCCGUCAGAUCUACUCUUUCGCCCGAGACAAGGGUCUUCCUUUCUCCGACUUCUUGGCACAGGUCAACCCAACAUUCACUGUUCCACUGAAUGCUCUUUGCGCCAGUCUCGUUAUCGUUUCUCUCCUCUCCUUAAUCAACAUUGGGUCUUCUGUGGCUUUCAACGCAAUUAUGUCCCUCGGCACAGCCGCCCUUCUGUCCUCCUACAUCAUUUCCAUCACCUGCGUUCGUCUUCGAAGAUGGCGCAAUCAGCCCCUACCACCGGCACGUUGGAGCAUGGGCAAGUUCACCCCAAUCUGUGACACCAUUUCCAUCAUGGUUUUGCUGUUUCUUCCCCUAACCAAGAAUGUGGACCUGACUACCAUGAAUUGGAGUGUGGUUAUCUUUGGGGGCGUUGUUGUGGUUUCACUAAGUUAUUAUGUACUUUAUGCCCGGAAAGUGUACAAGGGUCCAGUGACGCGGGUAAGGAUGAUGCAGCAAUAA